GGGGCGGGGCCCGGACGCCGGGGGCGGGGCCCGGGCGGCGCGGGCGAGCGCGGCGGCGCGGUGCGGACGCCUGGCCGAGCGGCGGGCGCUCCAGUUCCGGGUCAGGCCUUCUCCCACCGGUCGGGGGCUUCUCCUCUCCAUGGCGAGCGGUGGCGGCGCGGGCGCGGCGGCCUCGGCCAGCCUGAACGCGGUGAGGGAGACCAUGGACGUUCUGCUUGAGAUUUCAAGAAUUUUGAAUACCGGUUUAGAUAUGGAAACACUGUCUAUUUGUGUGCGGCUUUGUGAACAAGGAAUCAACCCAGAAGCCUUAUCAUCUGUUAUUAAGGAGCUUCGAAAGGGUACUGAAGCACUAAAGGCUGCUGAAAACACAAGCUGAGUUCCAGAGAAUUCCUGAUGAGAUGUCAAGCUUGGCAAGAAAAUUUGAAGAUUCCAUCGUAGUCAAGAUAGAAAAUGACAAUGCUGCAUGCUGCAUAGAAAAUGUUUUCUUUUAAAAAGAAUUAUAAAAGCACGGCUGAGUGAGUCAGUGGAUGUGGCUUGAGAGAGAACCCGCACGUGUGUUUACAUCCGUCUUGUUGCUAAUGGCAUCAUUCCAUACUGCUGCCGCGCUUUAUGUGUUCCUUACAGCUCUGCUAGCUGUGAGUUUCUAAACAGCAGGUAGCAGACACGCACAGCUGCUGGGCCUGCUGAAAUGAGUGGUUCACAUCAGAUGGGAUACGGAGUAGUUGUGACUUGUCGACAUUUCCCUUAUCAACCUUAAUUUUGAAUGGUUUAAGUAUAUAAACUGGCUAUGUGCUCCAUUGA